AACUCAAAAUUCUGGAGAAGGGGGUUAAGGGGAGAAGUAAAGGAGAUAUUGACAAGAAUAUACAAAAAAGAAAAUGGCUGGCUCUAACAUAAAAGCUGUGGUUCUCAUAACCGGUGAUAACAAUAUCAAAGGAUCACUUCAAUUCAUUCAAGAUUCCAAAGGGGUUACCCAUAUAAAUGGGAAGAUUACAGGAUUGACUCCAGGUCGUCAUGGUUUCCAUAUUCACGCUCUUGGGGAUACCACCAAUGGCUGCAAUUCCACUGGACCUCAUUUCAAUCCACUAAAGAAGAAUCAUGGUGCUCCAACUGAUAAAGAGAGACACGCGGGUGACCUAGGAAACAUAGUUGCUGGCCCUAAUGGAGUUGCUGAGGUUUCUAUUAAAGAUACCCAGAUUCCACUUAGCGGGGUGCAUUCAAUUCUUGGCAGGGCAGUUGUUGUGCAUGCUGAUAUCGACGAUCUCGGCAGAGGUGGGCACGAACUUAGCAAGACUACUGGGAAUGCCGGUGCAAGAAUUGGAUGUGGUAAUUCCUUCUACUAUGUUUUUCUUUUUUUCUUUUUUGUUUUAGUUAAUAAUUCUGUUCAUCCAAAGUUUUAAAAUCGCAGUAUGGUCUUGUGGCCUGCAUUAGCUGUGGCAAGAUUAGGUUGAAUUUUUCAUAAUAUAGAAAACCAGAAACAUCAGGUAUCCAUCUCCUGUGGUAAUUGAGCCGUAAAAAGAGAAAAGAACUGCCACACCGUGAACUGUGCUAAAUUGUUUCUAGGAGGAAAUGUCCACCUGAAUGGCUGAAUCGUGCAACCGUUAAAACAAAUAUUUUGAACCACAUAGAAUGGGGAUAUUCAUUUGACCAAGUGCCUAGAAUUUGGUUGUGAAUCCCAUUACACCGAAUGAUUUCCUCAUUUCAACUUUCCAUUUAUAUGACCUGAAAAAACCAUGGGAAGCCUUCCAGAACCUCAGAAGUGUCAGUUGAAUUUCUAUAGGGUAACAAUAAUUUUGUGAAUCUUCAUGAGACUGUUAUUGAGCAUUCUGUACAUAUUCCUUAGUUUUCACUUUACAGAUACUACUGAUGGAAGAUGUUGUGGUGCAGGUAUCAUCGGGCUCCAGUCAUCUGUUUAACCGUGGCUUGCAAUUUGCAUUGAACAAGUCAGAGUUGCUUACUGUCAGAAAAAGGAAUAUUACACCAGCAUGAAAUGUGUAAAAACAGCUCAAUUAUCAUAACACUUGUGAGUUAGUUCAGUUCGCAACAGCGCUACCUCAGUUCACUGUACCAAGUACUAAUGUAUGCAAACUAUGGCUUUUUUGUUCUAUCUUGUUCAGUUACUUCAGUACCUAAGCAAGCCAAAUGAUAAAACCAUAUGAGUUUAGACACUGCAUGUCUUGUCUAAAUGUUUGAAAUCUGAGCUUGUGAUUUGUUACUGGGAAUUUAAGCAGGGUAUGCUGUGAUGAGAUGUACAAACCGACUUUUUAAGUUCAAAUUCUCUUCA